UAUUUCUACAGUUCUUUUACACUCAGAAAUUGACGAGACUGAUAAAUUCCAAUUCCAGUCAAACAUAUACAACUCAAAAAUCUCUGUUUCUUUCCUCCAUCGACAAUCUUCAAACUUUUAAACCCGAUCUGGGUUUCUCUUCUUCAACCAUUCAACAAAAAUCUCUGAAAGUCUCCUCCUUUCUUAAAUGGGUUGCUUCAGCAGUAAACACCGGCAAACUCAGGAAGACAUCGCCGGAAAAAGCUCAAUUCCGAUCAAUCAAGCACAAACCCAUGUCGUUAAUCAAGUCCCCGAGCAUCGAAAACCUCAAAUCCCACAGACCCAGCAACCAAAUCAACCAAUCCAUCACCACAUUUCGACGCCGCCUUCGUCGUCUCCAACCUCCGUUCGAGAUCCAGACACCAUUUUAGGUAAACCUUUCGAAGACAUCAGGAAGUUUUACAGCUUAGGGAAAGAAUUAGGUCGAGGACAGUUCGGGAUAACGUAUAGGUGCAGAGAGAUUUCCACUGGGAACACUUACGCUUGCAAAUCCAUCCUCAAGAGGAAGCUAAUCAGUAAGCAGGACAAGGAGGAUGUGAAGAGAGAGAUUCAGAUAAUGCAGUAUUUGUCUGGGCAAGCGAACAUUGUUGAGAUCAAAGGUGCUUAUGAAGAUAGACAAUCUAUUCAUUUGGUGAUGGAACUGUGUGCUGGUGGUGAGUUGUUCGAUAGGAUCAUAACUCAGGGACAUUACUCGGAGAGAGCUGCUGCCGGAAUCAUUAGGUCGAUUGUGAACGUUGUUCAGAUUUGUCACUUCAUGGGUGUGAUUCAUCGAGAUCUCAAGCCUGAGAAUUUCUUGCUGUCGAGCAAAGAGGAGAAUGCUAUGCUUAAAGCUACCGAUUUUGGGUUGUCUGUGUUCAUCGAAGAAGGAAAAGUUUACCGAGAUAUAGUAGGGAGUGCUUACUACGUUGCUCCUGAAGUAUUACGGCGAAGUUAUGGGAAGGAGAUUGAUAUUUGGAGUGCUGGGGUUAUUCUGUAUAUCCUACUCAGCGGUGUACCUCCUUUUUGGGCUGAAAACGAGAAAGGAAUAUUCGAUGAGGUUAUAAAAGGUGAAAUCGAUUUUGAAAGCCAACCAUGGCCUUCUAUAUCCGAGAGUGCCAAAGACCUUGUCAGGAAGAUGCUAACCAAAGACCCGAGGAGACGAAUCUCUGCUGCACAGGUUCUUGAACAUCCUUGGAUCAAAGGCGGAGAAGCACCGGACAAACCUAUUGAUAGUGCUGUACUAUCCCGUAUGAAGCAGUUCCGAGCUAUGAACAAGCUUAAGAAGCUAGCCCUUAAGGUUAUUGCGGAGAGUCUAUCAGAAGAGGAGAUCAAAGGUCUUAAAACCAUGUUUGCGAAUAUAGAUACCGACAAAAGCGGUACAAUCACUUAUGAAGAACUGAAAACCGGACUGACUAGACUUGGCUCUAAGCUCUCUGAAACUGAAGUGAAGCAACUCAUGGAAGCUGCUGAUGUGGAUGGUAAUGGAACAAUCGACUACUUUGAGUUUAUCUCUGCAACAAUGCAUAGAUACAAAUUGGAUCGUGAUGAGCAUGUUUACAAAGCAUUCCAACACUUUGAUAAAGACAACAGCGGGCACAUAACUAUGGAUGAGUUGGAAAGUGCAAUGAAGGAAUAUGGGAUGGGAGAUGAAGCUAGCAUCAAAGAAGUCAUAUCCGAAGUUGAUACCGACAAGGAUGGAAGAAUAAAUUUUGAGGAGUUCUGUGCGAUGAUGAGAAGCGGUACCACGCAGCCACAAGGGAAACUCCCGUUUCACUGAUCAAAACAACAAAGAUCCAACCCGAAAAACCAAUUCAUAAACCUGGAGAAGAAGAGCUAAACCGGUGAAAACCGAGGCGAGAGUGAAUUGAUCACUUUACUGUCUCAAAAUGAUAUCUCUUCUCUGUGUCUGUGAUCCUAUGUUGGUUUUUAGUUUAUUUAAAGUCAUUCCACAAGAACAGAGCUCUCUUGUAAAACUGAGUUUGAGAUACCUGUCAUGUCUUAGCUCUUUGUAAACAAAUCCAAAACCCCACCUUUUUGCAAAGUUCUUGAGAAUCUCCAUUAACUUUGCGCGAAGGCUUAAAAAGAUUCAUUCUUUUCUUCUAAAUUAUGUAAAAUUGAAUA